GUUCAAAAGGCUUCUGGAACAUUCUCUUGCUGACUGAUACGCAAGUGCAUCGUCACUUUAAUGGGCGGGACUUAGAGAAGGAAGAGAAGCAGGUGUGCAGAGCAGACAAAGAGCCCGAACUGAAAUCGCUACAAAGUCAAAGUUGUCUGCUUAUCUGCUCACGUUGCAUGCAGAUUAACACAACCGAUGAUGUAUAUAGUUGUGCGUGCACAGAAAAAAACCACAACUUAUCAUCAGUAAAUGUUCAACUGAGAAAUGGAGUCUGAGUGAAUUUCUUUGAAUAGAUGACAGUAAACAGUUCUGACCGACUGUCUGCAGGGAUUCAGAUACACCCGAAUCAGUGUUAAAUUAAAACCUCAGUUACAAAGUGGUCCUUCGAGCCGGAUGCUGAAUAACUGCAGAAAUGUCAUCCCGUUCACAGCAAGAGCCUCCAGCUGUUCGCCCCAGAAGACAUAUAAAGCCUCCUGCAUAUCUAGCAGACUUCCAAGUACGUAUGACUGGAUCUGAGAGGGGAUGCCAGCAACUUACAUAUUCAAGUGAUGAAGAAGUUAAUGCAGAAUAUUCUCCAUUGUCUACUGAACGUGAGUCUCAUGCCUCCUCACCUAUAAGUCAGCGUUCUCCAACCAGUGAUCUGGUGCUACAGGAUGAAUGGCAAAGUACACAGGGAGUGUUACAGAGAGAAGAGGAUGAAAAGUAUCAUCAGUCGCAGCAGUCAGCCUGGGAGGAGAUGCAACGAGAGAAUGAUGAGCUUCGUAGCUGCAUCCGACAAAUGCCAGAGAUUUUAAGUGUAUUAAAGGGUCUUAAAGAGGAAAAUAUUGUAAUGAAACGAGAGAUCCAGCAGCUAGCCUCAAACGUAGCCAUUCAGCAUAAGCCAGUCGCUCGAUUACCAGCUCCUCGCCCUGACGUACCAGAAACAGUUCAUAGCCAGCCUCUGUCCCCCACACAAACCAGCGAUUUCCCUCAGUACCCCUCUGGGCAGAUUAAGCAGAUAACAGAGCAGAUGAGAGAUUGCACUGUCUCACCUAUACCAGUAGAGCAGCCCCAAGCACUGCCAAGGUAUCGUACUCCUAAUCCAAGACUAGCUCCUCAUCUUCAGCCUCAUCCACAUAGUGAACCCAUCCACUACUAUGAGCCCAGAGAGAAUUAUCCCUCACACUCAGACCAACGAGAAUCCUACAAUAUGCAGCGUUCAAGGAUUGUGCCUCCAUCUGCAGUGCCAUACUCUCAAGAGAGAACAUACCGAGGACCUAAGCCUUCUAUUCCGUUCUUAUCAACAUCGGAUCCACGAGAGUUUUCAAGGUUGCGCAUGGCUUUAGAGAAUCUCCUACCCAGUGAUGCAUCUGAACGUUUCCGAUAUCAAAUCCUCACAGAUCAUCUACAGUUAGAGGAGGCAUUGCUAGUAGCAGACUCAUAUUGCAACUCAACACACCCUUAUACGGACACUAUGCAAGCCCUCAUUAACAUGUAUGGUCAGCCACACAAGCUGGUCCUGCAGAACAUCGCUGAGGUCAUGGAUGGCCCCAAUAUCAGAACUGGAGAUGUUGAAGCUUUCAAGCUGUUUGCGCUUCGAGUGCGUUCUCUGGUGAGCAUGCUAGAACAGCUGGGUCCUGAAGGUAAUAUUGAAUUGGACUGUGGGUCACAUGUUUCAAGACUGCAAAGCAAACUCCCUCAUGAGCUGAGAACUAGCUUCAAGAGAUAUAUACACCCUAUGAGAGUAGUUAUACCAACCCUCAUCGAUUUCUCUGACUGGCUAGAGUAUGAGCUACAAGUUCAGGAUGAUGGCGUCAAAACUUCAGGUUUCACACCAGGCCCCAGCAACAAGAAAAGGCUGGAGUAUCGUAAUCCUAAGGCUGCCAGGAAACCCACAACCAUCCUGCUAGGCACAGAGAAACCAAUGAGUGGGAGAAUUAGCCAACCACAAGCCUCAGAGGUGACACCUAAAUCUGCCAGGUUUAAAGGACGGUUAAGUGCAUAUUGCCCCUACUGUGACAAUACCAAUCACUUCUUGAAUGGGUGUGCUAAUUUCAAAGACCUUACCAAAGAGCAGAAAGAGUCCUGGAUUCGGAAAACAAUCGAUGUUGGUGUUGCGGACGCAGCCAUCAUGCCUCGAAAUGCACCCUGA